AAGGAAGAAUUGAAUACAGAGAAAACAUGUGGAAGAAAAGAAAGUUCCUAUCACAUUACAAUUCUUUCUUUAUAUUGUAUAUAAAACCAACAAAUUUGGGACCUUUCUUUGGCAUUUGAAAGAAACAUAUCAUUUGAAAGGUUAAGAUGGAUAGCACUAGGCCAUUGGCUAAAGUUAAUGAUCAAGUCUAUGAAGAUAUUGAUCCUAAAAUGGAAUGGGUGAAUGAUGCUGGAUUCGACACCCUACUUGUCCGUCUACCAGGUUCUACGAAGCAGCAACUAAGGAUCCAAGCAGCAACAGGUGAUCGAAAACUCAAGAUCACAGGAAAGAGCCGUCAGGGAGACAAUAAAUUGAUCCGUUUUAACAAGGAGCUUACUGUUCCAUCAGUUUAUGAUCUUGAUCAAAUCCGUGCUAAGUUUGAGGGUGGAGUACUUUAUAUCAAACACCCCAAAAAAAUAUCAGUCCAGCCAUGCCGGUACAGGAAAAUAAUGCAAGCUCAACUACAGAGACUCAAAAGCCUGCAAAUGAAAAACCAGAAGACGAAACAAGUGGACAAGAUUAGGCUACUCAAUAAGUACCUCCAAAAACACAGACAGAAGGACAAACAAGUGGAAAUAUUGAUGGACGAGCAAAUGCUACUUCAACUUAGGCUAACUUGAAGGAUCCGAAGAGUGAUCAUAGCUUGACUGAAGCAGGAAAGGUCACAGGAACAAGUGAAAAUCAUGAAACCGCGGCAGUAGUGGCUUGGUAGCCAAGAAAAAGAAGUUGAGAAUAUAAAAAACAUUGGUUGUGUCAGCUGACAUGUUUGUUGUUGUCCCAGGGCUUUAUGCACAAAAAGCUAUGAGGUCUCAUGGAGAAUCUGAGAACUAAGAAUCCAAGAACUCACUACGUCUUCAUUUUUCAAGUGUGUGCUUAGGAAUAAAUUCUACACAUCGUCAAAACAUGUCUGAAAGGUAAACAAGUUGAAUAAGAGGUCAAAAUUUGAAGAAUUAUGCCAUUGUAUUCCAGGGAAAGGAAGCAGAAAUUGCAGUUUGCUCCAGCUUAUCAGAUUUUGGACGAUCUGUUAUUUCAUUUGCAAUGUGUAGCUUUGGAUUAAUCAUAUUCAUACCAAUUUUGGUAUUUUUGA